CGCGCCGCCAGGUUACUUUCCGACAUCUCCCACCACAGCGGACAGCAGGCUAGCGCGGAAUCACCCUGUCAAGCCAGCCCCUGAGGACACCAACCACUGACCAGCGGCGCCAUGUCCAGAACCGGCUGGCAGCUGGCCCUUCUCCUGUGUGGCUGGUGCGUGGCUGCGGCCGUCCUGGGGGACCCGGCCGAGGAGGGCUGUCCGGCCGAGCCCCGCCAGGCCGCCCGCUACGUGGCCGCCGUGUACGAGCACCGGUCCUUCCUGAGUCCUGACCCACUGGCCCUCACCAGCCGCAAGCAGGCCUUGGAGCUCAUGCAUCGGAACCUCGACGUCUACGAGCAGCAAGUGAUGGCCGCAGCCCGAAAGGGUGCACAGAUCAUAGUGUUUCCAGAAGACGGCAUCCACGGGUUCAACUUUACAAGGACAUCCAUUGACCCGUUCUUGGACUUCAUGCCACCUCCCCACUCGGUCAGGUGGAACCCGUGCCUGGAGCCCCACCGCUUCAAUGACACGGAGGUCCUCCAGCGCCUGAGUUGUAUGGCUAUGAAGGGAGAGAUGUUCCUGGUGGCCAAUCUUGGGACAAAGCAGCCUUGUCAUAGCAGCGACCCAGGGUGCCCGAGUGACGGUAGAUACCAGUUUAACACGAACGUUGUGUUCAGCAGUAAUGGAACCCUGGUUGACCGCUACCGCAAACAUAACCUCUACUUUGAGGCAGCGUUCGAUACCCCUCUGGAGGUGGAUCACACAAUCUUCGACACCCCCUUCGCUGGCAAGUUCGGCGUCUUCACUUGCUUUGACAUACUGUUCUUUGACCCCGCUGUCAGCCUCUUCAGAGACUCUGAGGUGAAGCACGUUGUGUAUCCGACUGCCUGGAUGAACCAGCUCCCACUCUUGGCGGCCAUUCAGAUUCAGAGAGGUUUCGCCAUCGCCUUUGGCAUCAACUUUCUGGCUGCGAACAUCCACCACCCAUCUCUGGGGAUGACAGGAAGUGGCAUACACACCCCUCUGAAGUCCUUUUGGCACCACAACAUGGAAAGCCCUGAAGGUCACCUCAUAGUCGCCGAGGUAGCCAGAAAUCCACCGGGUCUCGUCAGUACCGGGAACGCCACAGAGAAAACGGACCCCUCCCAUAGGAAGUUCUUGGAACUCUUGGCAGGGGAUCCCUACUGUGAGAAGGAUGCCCAGGACGUCCAUUGUGAUGGAGCCGCCAAAUCAACCACCAACGCCUCUCCCACGUUUAACUCUGAGAUGAUGUAUGACAACUUCACCCUGGUUCCCGUGUGGGGACGGGAAGGCCACCUCCGCGUCUGUGCAAACGGCCUGUGCUGCCAUUUGCUUUACCAGAGGCCCGCCGUGUCCCAGGAGCUGUACGCCCUGGGGGUCUUCGAUGGCCUUCACACCGUGCAUGGCACCUACUAUGUCCAAGUCUGUGCGCUGAUCAAGUGUGGGGGUCUUGGCUUUGACACGUGUGGGCAGGAGAUCACAGAGGCCGAGGGGAUGUUCGAGUUUCACCUGUGGGGCAACUUCAGUACUUCUUAUAUCUUUCCAAUGCUUCUGACCUCAGGGAUGACCCUGGAAACCCCGGACCAGCUGGGCUGGGAGAGUGAUCACUAUUUCCUGAAGAAGAAGGGACUGUCCUCUGGGCUGGUGACAGCAGCUCUCUAUGGGCGGUUAUAUGAGAAGGACUAGGGGGUGUGGAAACCGCCCCCCCACACACACACUGGCACAGGCUGAAGCUCACAGCAGUGGGACCACCUCUUUGCCCCAGAGCCCAUCUGGGAGGACGUAGGGAGAUGGCGCACUAGGGUCUUUCCCUCUUAGGUGGAAAUUAGUGAGAUAUUUUCUGGUAUUUUAUACUCUUGUUUCUAUUUUUCAAGCCAUUUCUUCCUCCAGCAGAUCUUUCAUCACACAGUUGUUUUAAGAGCUCAAACAAAAAUAAACGUCAGUUUAAAUUUUACAUGUCCACAAGACGGCUA